ACGAUAAAGCGAUAAAUUGACAAUUGCUUGCAGCACAUUUCCCGCGAAAAGCUAAAUAAAUUUGUUAAACGCAAGAAAUAAAGAAAGACCUAAAUAAAAUCAUGAACCCUUUGAGACGUGGUGCAUUUAUUGUGUUUGAAGGUGUCGACCGCACGGGCAAAACAACGCAGACACGGCUACUGUUUGAGUGGUUGAUAAAGAAUGGAAUUAAAGCUAAACUGAUACAUUUUCCGGAAAGGUCGUCAGCCAUUGGUCAGGUGAUCAAUUCGUACUUAUCCAAUGCCCAAGACCUGCCCGAUGAAGUCAUCCACCUGAUGUUCUCAGCAAACCGAUGGGAGCACAUGAAGAGCAUCCAGAAUGAACUCUUGGCCGGCACAACAUUGAUAUGCGAUCGUUAUGCCUACUCUGGUGCAGCAUACACGGUGGCCAAGGGACUCGACUUCAACUGGUGCUGUGCACCUGACCGUGGACUCAUUAAACCCGAUGCCGUUUUCUAUCUGAAGGCCCAGCCCGAAGAACUAAUCUCACGUGGCAGCUAUGGCAUGGAACGUUAUGAGAAAUUGGAUUUUCAGCGUAAAGUCGCCAAGGUAUUUGAUAAAUUCUGCACCCAAGAGUCGAGUUACUGGCAUGAAUUUGAUGCCAGCCAAAAUGAAGAGCAGCUUCAAAAACAAAUUGCUGAAAAGGCGGAAGAGGUGUUGAAGCUAAUCCCGGAGCAAUCCCUAGAGAAGCUGACUUGAUUUACGACUUUGGCGAUUAUGCAGGCGAUAAUUCCUUAAUUUACGAUCUAUAAUAGAUUACGGGGAUUAAAUAUUCCCAUUGCUAAAUAUUAGUUUAAAUGUAAAUGUAAAUGUAAAUACAAAACUGCACACAACACGUGCACGUUGCAUCUGUGUAAAUCCCAUUGAUUAAUGACCAGUUGUUGGUUGCUUCAUUGUAUUUUACAUAUAUCUUAAUCAUACAAUUUCGUGUUAACGGCUAAAAACCACAGCAAUUAAAUAAUUUACGCCUUCAAUUUAGUUGCUAACUUAGUUGAUCUAAUCCAAUGGUGCUUGGCACUUUGGUCCCAAA